AUGGUCAACAUCCUGUGCACGGUGCUGCACUCCCUCCUGAGCUGCCUCAUUCCCCCGGCCAACCUGCUGGUGAUUGUGGCUGUCUACCAGCUGAUGAGGAAGCAACCAGGCACCAGCUACAUCUACAUCCUCAACCUGGCCACUGCUGACCUGCUGGUGGGUGUGAUGUGCAUUUCUGAGGCGCUGGACGACAUCCUUGAUGGGGACUUUGACCGCAGCAAGUCCUUCUGCCUCCUGCGCAUCUCCAUGAGCAUGACGCCGUGCAUUGGCUCCAUCCUGACCCUGCUCCUCAUCUCUCUGGACAGGUACCUGGCGGUGAGGCUGCCGCUCUCCUAUCCCACCCUCCCAAAGAAAAUGCCUGUGGUCCUUUCCCUCACUGUCCUCUGGAUGCUCUCCUUCCUUUUUGGACACUUGCCUUUGAUCUUUCCCUCUCUCCAGCAAAGCAACUACACAGGUUACUGCGGGCUCCUGUAUGCAGCCAAGAGUGAGUAUCUCUACACGAUCUGCUUUGGCAUCUUUGCUCCGUCCCUGCUGGUGCUGGUGUGCCUGCACGUCUCGGUGGGCAGCAUCGCCUACCUGCAGCACAAGCGGCUGCAGCACGCCUGCGCCCAGGCUGGGAGCCUCCGCUCCCGCCUGCGCCACUUCAAGGCGCUGCGGACCGUGCUCAUCGUCAUCAUCGGCUUCAGCCUCUCGUGGGGGCCGUACCUGGUGGGGGGCACUGUGCAGGCCGCCUGCAGCUCCUGCAACCUGUCUGACCCGCUCAAGGACGCCUUAUUCCUGCUGGGCGAGACCAACUCCCUCAUCAACCCCCUUGUCUAUGCCCUGCACAGCAAAGACAUCAGAAGCCACCUCGCGAAGCUGCUCAAAUGCAGGGCAAAGGGCCAAGUGAAGCCCCUGGCUUCCAACGUCCGAACCGUGGGGAGCUGGGAUGGAGGCUGGCCUGAGGCACCCGGAUCAUGA